AUGGAAAGAGAUGAUUAUGAAAUGUUAACAUCUCAAGAUGUCGAUAGAUCAAUACGUUUACUUGAUAGUGCGUUAAGCACACCGAGAAAAUCAUUAUUGAAAAUCUCUAGAAAACAGAGCAGAAAAGUGGAUGAUUUGGAUAUUUCCAAAGAUGGAUCAUUUUCAUCUCCUCUGUCAUUUAAACCUAAAAUUAGUAAAAGAUCGAGUUUGAGCGUUGAAAACGUUUAUGACAAUUCUAUAACAUUUGGUGCGAAUGAAAUAAAAAAAUUAUUAUCAGAAACUUCUUCAGUAGGUUUAACACAAAAUCAAAAUACUGCCAAAGCAGCCAAGGAUAGGUUAUUUUUUGAUUUUUUGGAAAUAUGGCAAACUCAUGGUUCAAUUCGAGAAGUUUUUGAAUCGAUAUUAGAUUUUGUUCAAUGUUGUUCGCAUACUGUAACCUCUAUAAAAAAUGUGUGGAAUCAAAAUUUAACAAAACCUGGAUUUUUCGAUGAAAAAAUCCUAACAGAGAUUGAAUCUGAGAGAAAUACAUGGAGAUUAAUUUAUGCAUUAUAUCAGAACAGGCUUGCACUUUUAAUGCAACAAGAAGAAGAAAAUGAAGAAGAAGAUGAAGAAAAUGAUUACUUUCUUCAAAGCGUCAGCGAAAAAGAAAUUAUGUUAAGCUUGUACAAAAAUGAUAGAGUUAUCAGAGAGAGCCAACUUGUCGUCGAUUGGCUUGAACAAAAUGCAUCUGAUUUAGCUGAUGGAUAUGGCCUCGAACAGUAUACAGACAAAACGAUUGCUUGGGAAAAUACUUUACAUGAACUUCAAAGUAAAAAACCGAUUCCGUAUAAAAGUAGUAGAGAAUUAAUAACUCAAUUGGAUCCAGAUGCACCACACAGAGAAAAAAAAGCACUCCAUGAUUUAGAUAAGGAAGAUGAUGAUAGGUUAAUACAAGAAGUUUAUCAAGAAAUUCGUCGAGGACAUUUAGAUGCAGCGCAAUCGGCUUGCGCACACGCUGGUCAAUCGUGGAGAGCUGCCUUGCUGGAAGGUUGGAGGCUGUAUCACGAUCCAAAUUACUCUGCUAAAAAUAAUCAAGUUCAAAGGGAACCGUUGCCGGUAGAAGGAAAUCCGUACAGAGACAUCUGGAAAUUAUCUGCUUGGAAAAUGUGCGAAGAUGUAACAAUGCCAUUAAAAGCUCGAGCAUCAUUGGCGGCAUAUUGCGGUCAUUUACAAACCCUUCUCGACGCAUCAGUGUCUUGGGAAGAUCAAUUAUGGAGUUAUUUAAAAGUUUCCAUCGAUGCAAAAGUUGAAAAAGAAAUCCGUGAAAUUAGUUUGAAAAGUUACGUCGAAAUGCCACAAUUGUAUUGGAAUAACAUAGUGACUCUGGAAGAAAUAUUCAACGAAUUACAAGCGAGUAAAAAUCCUUUGGUACGAAGAGAUGCGAUGUCACCCGAACACAUUGUACAAAAAUAUUUAGUUUUAGAUCAAAUCCCUCAACUCAUGGAAGAAGUUUCAAAAUGGAUCCAAGGUUCGGACAUGAGCGUCGGAAGUGAUUACGAAUCCGUGUCUCCUCAUUUUCUAAGAUUUUUAACUCAUCUCGUUUUGUUUUUACGAAGGAUAGGAAGGAGCGAAUGCGACAGCGUUGGAGAUGCCGUCAUCGAAGCUUACGUUAAAUUAUUGAUAGAAAUGAGAGAAAGCAAAUUGGUCGCUUGGUACGUGAGUCAACUAAGUCAAGAAGAUCAAAUAUAUUAUUACGCGGCAUUUUUAGAAGAAAUAACGGAUUCGGAAGAGAGAAACGCAUGUUUGAAAGCAGCUCAAGAAGCCGGAUUAAACGUUGAUGUAAUAACAAAAACGGUCGUUGAAAAUAUUCGGCAACAAUCUCCGUCGAACGAUGUUGCGACUAUGGAAGUACAACCCGACGUAAGUCCCGAAGAUUUGAUAAAAAUCUCAGCGCUCGAUUGGUUGUUGUAUUAUCCGGGACAAAGAACGGAAUUGUUGAUACAAACGAAUGCUUUGAUUGCUAAUUUUUUAUCCGCUGGAAACAUACAAGCCGCACGUUUGGCAUUUAAUAAAAUUCCAGAUAGUACGAUUGAUUUAAUUGUUAGUUCAAACGUGAACGAUUCCUUAACGGACGAUACUUACAUAAAUUUAGUUUUGAACAACAUGCCUAAACAAGUUUCGUGCGCGACGAAAGAAUAUCUUUGUUACAAAGCUUAUUUGGAAGCGGACGAAAGUUUUUCCGAUUGGUUUCAAUAUUUCAAUCAUGGUAAACCCAUCGAACCCGUACUAAAGGAGGGUGCGAAUUUCAGCGAAAAAGUCGCAUUUCAACAUAAAUACAGUCAAUAUAAAAUAAAUUACGAUAGGUGGAAAAUAUCGAUGGAUAGCAAGACGGCGACCACGAAAACUCUUUUGUACAACGUGCUUUUGUUUCCCAUGGGUUGGUUGGUGGACGAUGAAAACGUCGAAGAUAACGACAGAACGGUACAAUUGUCAGGAUUGAGAUCGAUUGUCAUACCUAAAGUGACGUUUCUCCUUCAUACUGUCAUGCACGGAAUGGAAGAUUAUUCGGGUUGCGUGGCUCUGUCGGAUCUCAUUGCAGCCGAACAAUAUAAAUUGUAUAAGGUUUUCAGUAAGCAAAAACUUCAAGAUUUCUUAUCGAAAGCAUUGGAAUCGUCUCUUGAAUUAAUGAACCAAGGUAAAGAUCCUUGGGGAUACACAGUAGUGUAA